GCUUGAUCAUUUCCACUUCCGGUUCACUUGAGGCAGCGUCCGUGUACCCUCAUCAGACUUGCAGUUUUUUCGUGUUCCCUUCUCUCCACCUAACAAACUCUGUCAAAGCAUUCGCAUCGGUGUCCAGCAGACAUGACUGAAGAAGAUCUUCACCCUGAGAAACACAAUCCCCUCCACUUUAAACAGGAGUCGGAGAUGUUGUACAUCAAACAGGAAGUGGAGCCAGUCAUCCACUACAUUAAAGAAGAAGAACAGGAAGAGAAAAUAGCCAAGUGUACACUGACCGUCAGUGUGAAGAGCGAAGAAAAUGAAGGUCCUAGUGACGUGAGCGGAUCAGCGAAACAUUCGAGCGACAGCUCAUUUCAGCACCCUACAACAAAAGAAAAAGGACGUUCGCAACCGGACGGUCUCUUAGCUCCGCUCUCGGACAGCGACGACGUAACGUCACACUCUUCUGACACUGAUACUAAUGAGGAGGAUGUUGACUUUGACCAAAAUGCUUUGAAAUCCUUAAACAAGUCAUCAUUGAAAAGAGAUGUAAAAGAAUGUGCGGCUGGGAAUUCGUUUCCCUGCACAAUUUGCGACAAAGGAUUUUCUCGGAAGAGUCAUUUAGAAAGUCACACCCGUACACACACUGGAGAAAAGCCUUUCAUCUGCACAUGUUGUGGUAAAAGAUUCACCCAGAAGGGAAGUUUAAACGCGCACACAAGAACACACACUGGAGAGAAGCCUUUCUCCUGCUCACUUUGCGAUAAAAGAUUUUCUAAGAAGAUGCUGUUAGAAAAACACACGCGUACACACACUGGAGAAAAGCCUUUUGUCUGCACACUUUGCGACCAAAGAUUUUCUCAGAAGUCUCAUUUAACAACACAUAAGCGUAGACACACUGGAGAGAAGCCUUUCUCAUGCACUCUUUGCGACAAAGGAUUUUCUCGGAAGGCUAAUGUUGAAAUGCAUAUGCUUACACACACUGGAGAAAAGCCUUUUGUCUGCACACUUUGCAAAAAAACAUUUUCACAGAAGUGUAAUUUAAUAAUACAUAAGCGUACACACACUGGAAAAAAGCCUUUCGUCUGCACAUAUUGUGGUAAGAGAUUCACCCAGAAUGGAAGUUUAAACGCACACACAAGAACACACACUGGAGAGAAGUCUUUCGCCUGCACACUUUGUGAUAAAAGAUUUUGUCAGAAAACUGAUUUGGAGAGGCAUAAGCGUACCCACACUGGAGAAAAACCUUUUGUUUGCACACUUUGCAGAAAAAGAUUUUCUCUGAAGUGUCAUUUAAUAAUACAUAAGCGUACACACACUGGAGAAAAGCCUUUUGUCUGCACAUGUUGUGGUAAAAGAUUCAGCGACAAGAGAAAUUUGAACCAACAUAAAAGAGCACACAGUGGAGAGAAGCCUUUUGGCUGCUCACUUUGUGGUAAAAGACUCAGUCGGAAGAGAGAUUUAGUAUCGCACGCAAGAAGCCACACUGGGGAAAAACCUUUGGAUUGCAGUGUUUAACAAGAUAUUCAAAUUCCUGCCACAUAUUUACAGUGGAAAAAGCUUUUAAACUUUCUUUUUCAGUUUCCCUUGAGCCUCUUCUGAGAAAGUGGUGAAAUGAUUUUGCAGGUCCUGGCCUUUUUCACAACUAUCCAAUAAUUUUUUUUUUUUUUUUUUUUGAAAUCGAACAGAUUGGGUUUAGUUUAGGUUUGGUUACUUCAUAUCAAGCUUGAUCUUCUGUUUUAUAUUAUGACUUUUCUUCUACUUUAAUUUACUCAGAUUUAGCUUUUGUCCCCUGUAUUUGUUGCUUUUGUAUACUCUUGUCAUGUGACCUUGAGCGUCUUGGAAGGCGCUUUGAAACAACACUCAUUACACUGGUCAAUAUUCAAAUUUGUACAUGAAAUAUACUAUUUGUAGCUAAAUUGAGGUUAUUGAAUGCAUUGCAAGUGUCUGAAUAUAGAAAUUGUCUCUAGUUUGCGAGUUCGUACAGUUUAAAUCAUCUCAAUGAGAAUAUUUUAAUAUUUCGUAUUGGAAUAGUGUAUUUCCUUCAGGACACAAAAGACUGACACAUGGUGGAAAACACUCAGGUAGCUUGAAGUUCCGCUCUGAGACCCCCUAUUUGGCCAAAUUUCAAAAUUGUUCGAUAUGCAUGUGUGAUACAUCAUUGGAAAGCUUAAAAUCUCAAUUUUAUGGGGUAAGAAAAUUUUUGAACAGGUUGGCAUUUUUUAAAGAAAAAAAGUUUUUUAAACGGCAAAACCCUAUCUGGAGGUGAGAGCACACGAGAGCAGAAUUACAGACGCCAUGACUAACGAGAUAUUAUCGCGUACUUACAGUGGGGCAAAUAAGUAUUUAGUCAACCACUAAUUGUGCAAGUUCUCCCUCUUGAAAAUAUUAGAGAGUGCUGUAAUUGUCAACAUGGGUAAACCUCCACCAUGAGAGACACAAAAUGUAAAAAAAAACUCAGAAAAUCACAGUUUGAUUUUUAAAGAGUUUAUUUGCUAAUCAUGGUGGAAAAUAAGUAUUUGAUCAAUACCAAAAGUUCAUCUCAAUACUUUGUUAUGUACCCGUUGUUGGCAAUAACAGAGGCCAAAUGUUUUCUGUAACUCUUCACAAGCUUUUCACACACUCUUGCUGGUAUUUUGGCCCAUUCCUCCAUGCAGAUCUCCUCUAGAGCAGUGAUGUUUUGGGGCUGUCGUUGGGCAACACGGACUUUCAACUCCCUCCACAGAUUUUCUAUGGGGUUUGAGAUCGUGAGACUGGCUAGGCCACCCCAGGACCUUGAAAUGCUUCUUACGAGGCCACUCCUUUGUUGCCCUGGCUGGGUGUUUGGUAUCAUUGUCAUGAUGAAAUACCCAGCCACGUCUCAUCUUCAAUGCCCUUGCUGAUGGAAGGAGAUUUUCACUCAAAAUCUCUCGAUACAUGGCCCCAUUCAUUCAUUCCUUUACACAGAUCAGUCGUCCUGGUCCCUUUGCAGAAAAACAGCCCCAAAGCAUGAUGUUUCCACCCCCAUGCUUCACAGUGGGUAUGGUGUUCUUCGCAUGCAAUUCAGUAUUCUUUCUCCUCCAAACACGAGAACCUGUGUUUCUACCAAAAAGUUCUAUUUUGUUUUCGUCUGACCAUAGCACAUUCUCCCAGUCCUCUUCUGGAUCAUCCAAAUGCUCUCUAGCGAACCGCAGAUGGGCCUAGACGUGUACUGGCUUCAGCAGGGGGACACGUCUGGCAGUGCAGGAUUUGAGUCCCUGGCGGCGCAUUGUGUCACUAAGUCCCUCCGUGUGGUUCUGGGAUUUUUGCUCACCGUUCUUGUUAUCAUUUUGACGCCACGGGGUGAAAUCUUGCAUGGAGCCCCAGAUCGAGGGAGAUUAUCAGUGGUCUUGUACGUCUUCCGUUUUCUAAUAAUUGCUCCCACAGUUGAUUUCUCUACAACAAGUGUUUUUACCUAUUGCAGAUCCCCCCUAGAUUCAGUCUUCCCAGCCUGGUGCAGGUCUACAAUUUUGUUUCUGGUGUCCUUCGACAGCUCUUUGGUCUUGGCCAUAGUGGAGUUUAGAGUGCCUCUUUGACAGCCAGAAAUCUUGCUUGUUUGUAGGUGACCAAAUACUUAUUUUCAACUCUAAUUUGGAAAUAAAUUCUUUAAAAAUCAAACAAUGUGAUUUUCUGUUUUUUUUUUUACAUUCUGUCUCUCAUGGUUGAGGUUUACCCAUGUUGACAAUUACAGGCCUCUCUGAUCUUUUCAUGUAUGAGAACUUGCACAAUUGGUGGUUGACUAAAUACUUAUUUGCCCCACUAUACCUUGUUUCGAUCCAAAAACUCCAUGUAGCAUUUAUCACUGAGUGUCAAGACACCGCUAUGAAUGGCCACAGCUGUAUUUUGGGGGGAUUUUAUGGAUGAAACAUGGUAAUAUAACAAGAAUCGCGAUGCAGAAAUCACAGACAUCAAGGAGUGGUCGAGAUUUUCUUUUUCAUAUAUUUACCCCUUUAAACGUUUUUUUCUUUUUUUUUUCAAAUGUUCUUUGUUUGGAUCGAUUAUUAUCAUCUAACAUAUCGAAGAAAAUUUGACAGUAACAAAAAAAAAAAAAUUAAGCAAUUGUUAUGAGGUAGAUAUCCGUGCCUUUUUUACAGACACCAUUUUUUUCAUUGUAACAUUUGUUUAAAAGUUUAAACUGCGAGUGAAUAAUUUUUUUUUUUUUUUUUUUUAAGGAAAUAUUAGACAUCAAUUCAUGACUAAGCAAAAAAUGACAAACAUUUUGAAGAAUAAAUAUAAUUGAUUACCUUCGUUUUAUGGCUGGGUUGAAACAAGCGGUUGCGCGACGUCUGUAAACGGCGGUUUCCAGGGUAAAACGGACAAAUGAAAAAUAGUUCGAGGGCUUAAUGCGCCAUGAAUCUGCUAUGGCAGCAUGUAGACAUAUUGUUCUAUAUUGUUCUAUCAAACACAAGAGUUGUUUUGGCUUAAAUACAGCAGUUUAUUUUAAAGGGGUGCAAGAGCAGAAACUGCUUUUUCAGCCUUGUCAGUGUUUUCCGCCAUAUCCAAGAACAGUUUAUUUUAACAAUAAUGUUUUGUGUAGUUUUAAACAUCUUUUUCACUUAUUAUCUUUGCACUGUGUAGUAGAAUCUCCCCACAAUCUCAAUGUACAUUGUAUGAUGAAAAUAAAAGCCAUCCAUCAUCCCCCACUUAAUCCAAAGUCAGGGCGCGGGGGCAGCAGCUUUAGCAGGGAAGCCGAGACUUCCCUCUCCCCAGCCUCUCGCUGGUGGGAUAUGCCCGGAACACCUCUCCAGGGAGGCGUCCAGGAGGCUCUUGAUUCAUUAUAGAAUUACUAGACUUUUUUUUUUUUUUUUUUAAUUACUAUUCAUUUUCUCCCCAUACUUCCUCUAUUGUGAACCAGUUUUUUUAGAGCUUGUUAUGUACUUACAUUUAUAUGUUUACGUGUAUGCAUUAUGUAGCCUUUUACUAUUAGUCAAAGCAAUCAUGCAUUCACAUCCUGGUUAGUUUUAACAUAUACCAUUUGGUGUCAUUAGAGUAAGCUCAAUUAUCUUAGUCCUUUAAAGACCACAAAGGUGUAACAUUAACCCCCCUCAGUCUACUCAAGUCUUUGUUCAUCUAAUCGGGGGAAGUCACAAGACAACCCCCAGAACUGUUCCUUGUUGACCAAUGGUUUGAAUGAGUAAACGCCCACUAGAUUGUAAAAUGUGAGGUAUAUAUUGGAGUCAGAUUCUGAAAUGUGUGUGCCUCAUUCAUUAAAACGUGUUUGUUGUUUGACCGAACCCUGAGACUCCCCGUAUUUGUGUGUCGACUCCGUUUUUAUG